AUGACCUCCUUCUUCGGCCGCCUCAAGUCGGGCGCGGCGCCCGCGACACCAGCCUCUGGCAGCACGCCCGUCAAGAAGGACCCCAAUGCGCCCGAGCCGACGCCGUUGGAGAAGCUGCUGCUCAAUGCGGGGCCCCUGCGCGGCGACGGCAGCGACAAGUUCUUCGGCUUCGAGAAUUUUGGCAGCACCUGCUACUGCAACUCGGUCGUCCAGUGCCUGUACUACUCGGUGCCCUUCCGCGAGCAGGUCAUCAACUUCCCCGCCCGCUCGCCGCCCGAGGCCCUUCAUCGCCCGCAGCUGCCGCUGCGCGUCAACACGAACCUCGCCAAUGGCCCGCCCGCGCCGCUCUCGCCCCCAGGCCGCACCUCGGUCUCGAGCCCCACGGCGCGCACGCCUGGGAAGCCUGCCCCCGCGCCCGCCGCCGCCAACGGGCCCGCCGCCAACAAGCCCGAGGACAACAAGGACUCGCCUGAGUACAAGAAGAAGCAGGCCUUGGCGGCCGGCCCCGUGCUGACCAUGGACUACGAGAACGCAAAUGCCUACGGCAUGUCCGAGUCGCUGUUCUCGUCGCUGAAAGACAUCUUCGAGGCCGUCAUCGCCCACCAGUCGCGUAUGGGCGUCGUCAGCCCCCACAAGUUCCUCGAGAUCCUGCGCCGCGACAACGAGAUGUUCCGCACCCCGAUGCACCAGGACGCCCACGAGUUCCUGAACCUGCUGCUGAACGAGGUCGUCGAGAACGUCGAGACCUUCUCCAAGGCGCGCAUCACGGAGCUGGGCGACGCCGACGCCGGCGACCAAGCCCUGACGACCACGGACAGCAACAACAAAAACACGGGAUGGGUGCACAGGCUGUUCGAGGGCACGCUGACGUCCGAGACGCGCUGUCUCACGUGCGAGAACACGUCGCAGCGGGACGAGGUCUUCCUAGACCUGUCGGUGGACCUCGAGCAGCACUCGUCCGUCACCAGCUGUCUGCGCAAGUUCUCGCAGGAGGAGAUGCUGUGCGAGCGCAACAAGUUCCACUGCGACAACUGCGGCGGCCUGCAGGAGGCGGAGAAGCGCAUGAAGAUCAAGCGCUUACCCAAGAUCCUGGCCCUGCAUCUGAAGCGCUUCAAGUACACCGAGGACCUGCAGCGCCUGCAGAAGCUGUUCCACCGCGUCGUGUACCCGUACUACCUCCGCCUGUUCAACACCACCGACGACGCAGAGGACCCAGACAGGCUGUACGAGCUCUACGCCGUCGUCGUGCACAUUGGCGGCGGGCCCUACCACGGCCACUACGUGUCCAUCAUCAAGACACCAGACCGCGGCUGGCUGCUCUUCGACGACGAGAUGGUCGAGCCCGUCGACAAAGCCUACGUGCGCAACUUCUUCGGCGGGGAAAACGUCCUCGCCUGCGCAUACGUGUUGUUCUACCAAGAAACCACCGAGGAAGCCAUGAUGAAGGAGCAAGAAGCAGAGGCCCUCGCCGCCGCCAAACAGGCCACAGAAACCAACCAAGAAGCCAUCACCGUCACAACCCCCAAGCCAACAAACGGCUACAUCCACCCCCUCCACGGCGCCACAACCCCCCUCGUCGAGGAAUCAGACCAAUUCGCCAGCCUCAACCACGCCGCCACAGCCCCCUCCCUCGUCUACGGCUCCACAGAACACCACCCCGUCGAGCACGUCUCGACCAACAUCCCCAACCUCACCCCCAAGAAGAGCAACAUGGGCCUGUUCAAGAACCUCAAAGAAGACAAAGAGCGCAAGGCAGAGGCAAAGGAACUAGAGCGCCAGGCUAAGCAGAAGAGGAAGGAAAUGGACAUUCAGCGCCGCGAAAAUUAUAAGAGGCAGGAAGACGAGCUCCGCGCUGCGCUGGCCGCUAGCAAGCAGUCCAAGGCUGACGACGAUCGUAAGCGCGCUAAUGGUGAGGAUCAUGCGUCGACGUCGACGGGGACGUCGGCGGAGCCGCAGAAAGAUCCGAAUGGCGCUGCGCAUGCAGGUGCGAACACGAAUACACAUGCGAAUGGCAUGUCGGCGAGUCUGGGCAAGAGCAGUGGGCUCAGCCGCUUCAGACAUACUAGCAUCAGUCUCAAGGGCAAGCCCAAAUUCUGGUCUGCUAACAAGGAGAAAGAGAAAGAUGUUGCGGCGCCCGCGGUGGCAGUGCCGCCGCCUGAGGAGGUGGUUAGGGUGGAAGAAGAUAAAGAGAAAGAUAAAGACAAGGAGAAGGAAAAGGAGAAGGAAAAGGAACCUAAAAAUCGGUUUAGCAUCGGCAGGAAGAAGAGCACGUUUAAGUUCUAG